AUGCGCCUCACUAUCCUGUGGAUGGUCUCUGCCUCGUUUCUGCCGGGGAUCCAGAUUCGGGGACAGAAGCGACUCCUUGCGGAGCUACCCAGUGCCCAGGAUGAGCUCAAUACCCGCCGUCUGGCCAGUGCCACCAGUUUUCUGACCAGGAACUACAUAGCCAGCAGGAUGAAUACACUGGUGAUCCGUCAGAGCUGCCUGUCGUGCUCCUCCAAGUUAAUCCAUCGCCAGCACAGGCUGGUGGAUGAGGUCCUGUGGGGCCUGGCGCCCUACAUCACUGUCCUGCUGCAACGUGGCACGCCGGAGGAGACCUCUUGGGACUAUACGCUCUUCGUGGUCAACGAUCACCUGGCCUUCAAACAACAACCCUUCACCUUUUCCGACGAGAUGCUGGAGCGGGAGUUCUUCUUUAUGGUGGUGGUCACAGAGCUGCAAACCAACAAAUCCAUCUUGGAGACCGCCGGCCUUGUAAUCGUUAGUAAUCUACACCAUCGGCUCAUCAAUGUGGUGGUGGUGGCCCAGCUGGAGGAUGGCCAGGUUGACACCUAUGCGUACACGCUUUUCAAGAAGAACUGUACGCCCGGAGUGACGAUACGGCGGAUUAAUUACUUUGACCUGGCCACGGGCAAGCCCAAGGAGGCAAUGCCCGAUCUGUAUCCGGUAAGGUAUGGCCAUCUUGGAGAUUGUGCCAUCAAUGUGAGUGCCAACAUUCUGCCGCCUCAUCUGAUUUACAAGCCACAUGGUGGUGGUGGUGGUGGUGGUGGUGUUGGGCCUGUGCCUGUCCAGGGUCUCUCCGGGAUCGACUGGGAGCUGCUCCAGCUGCUGGCCCGUGCCCUACGCUUCAGGAUCAACCUGUAUGUGCCCAGCGAUACCAGCCAGAUCUUUGGCGAGGGCAAUGUCUCCGGCUGUUUUGCCCAGUUGGCCGAUGAGAGCGCCCAACUGGCCAUCGGCGGGCUGAGUGGCUCCGACAAGCGGCGCUGGCAGUUCUCCAAAUCAACGGUUUACCAUCAGAGUCACUUUGUAAUGGUGGUGCGUCGGGAUCGGUAUUUGGGUCGCUUUGGUCCGCUGCUUCUGCCGUUUCGGGGUAAAGUGUGGACCUGUAUAGUGGCGCUGCUGCUCCUGGCCCUGGUCAGCACUGGCUGCCUACGUUCCCGUCUUGGUUUGAGUCAUCCCCUGGAGAAUCUGCUCUUGGUUAGUAUGGGGAAUCCUAUACCCAUUCAGCGGCUGCCGGGCACUGGCUUCCUACGAUACCUCCUGGCCAGCUGGCUGCUCCUUACCCUCGUUUUGCGCUGCGCCUAUCAGGCUCGACUCUUUGAUGUCCUGCGCCUGCCGCACCACCGACCAUUGCCCGAGGAUUUGGCUGGACUAAUCAGGGAUAAUUACACCUUGGUGUCCAAUGGUUAUCAUGACUUUUAUCCCCUGAAUCAGACGCGGCACUUGGGCGAGUCCUUCGCCGCGAGAUUCGAGAAAGUCCAGCACGCGGGCCCCGGGGAGCGCUUCACCACAAUCUCGCUGAUCAGCAGCCUGGCGUAUUGGAAUCACAGGCGCAGGAACACCAGCCAGCUGACCUUUGUCCGGGAACCGAUCUAUCUGUACCAGGUAGUCAUUUACUUUCCCAGGAGAUCCUUCCUCAAGCCGGCCGUGGAUCGCAAGAUCAAGCAGCUGCUGAGUGCUGGGGUCAUUGCGCAGAUCGCCAGGCGGUAUCUGCGCUAUGUGGAGCUGGUGGAUGCGGAUAAUGAUGGCAUUGUGCUCAGGCGGAUCACCUGGAAGAUAAUGGCGGGUGCCUAUCGCCUUCACUACCUGGCCCUGGCUUUGGCCGGGCUUGUCUUUGUCCUGGAGUGGCUUUCGGGCAGGGGGAUAGGGGCGGGCAGGCUGCGUCGCUGGAUGGAGUGGGUGCAGGGAAGGACCUAA